UGACUGUGUUCUUAAGCACUUUGACUCCGAAAUUCUACUUUGCCCUUACAGUGACUUCAUCUUUUAUAUCUGGACUGAUAUUUGUGUUUGAGUGGUGGCACUUCCGAAAAUACGGCACGUCGUUCAUCGAGCAGGUUUCUGUGAGCCAUCUGAGGCCCCUCAUUGGCGGGGCAGAAAACAGCCCUCCGGCACCAGCAGCGUUCUCCGCUGGAGAGAGCGAGGCGAGCCGGCAGAACAUGCCAGAGUGCAAAGUGUGGCGAAAUCCUCUCAACCUUUUCAGAGGGGCAGAGUAUAGCAGAUACAUGUGGGUGACUGGGAAGGAGCCCCUUACGUACUACGACAUGAAUUUGUCCGCGCAAGAUCACCAGAACUUCUUCACGUGUGACACAGACGCCCUCCGGCCCUCAGACACAGUUAUGCAGAAGGCGUGGCGCGAGAGGAACCCUCAAGCCCGGAUUAAAGCAGCGUAUCAAGCUUUAGAGUUGAACAAUGACUGUGCCACGGCGUAUGUUCUCCUAGCUGAGGAAGAAGCAACAACUAUUGUGGAUGCUGAGAAGUAUUUCAAGCAGGCUCUGAAAGCAGGAGAAAUGAUUUACAGAAAGUCUCAGAAUUGCCAUUCCCAGAGUCCCCAGCACGAAGCACAGCUGAGAAGAGACACCAAUGUAUUGGUAUACGUGAAGAGGAGACUAGCUAUGUGUGCAAGAAAGCUUGGAAGGAUACGAGAAGCAGUAAAAAUGAUGAGAGAUUUGAUGAAAGAGUUUCCACUUCUCAGCAUGCUGAAUAUUCACGAAAACCUGCUGGAGGCACUUCUGGAGUUACAGGCUUAUGCAGAUGUCCAGGCAGUUUUAGCAAAGUAUGAUGAUAUCAGUCUUCCAAAAUCGGCAGCAAUAUGUUACACAGCAGCCCUGUUAAAAGCCAGAGCUGUUUCAGAAAGGUUCUCCCCAGAAACUGCCUCCAAGAGAGGGCUCAGUACAGCAGAAAUUAAUGCUGUGGAAGCAAUUCACAGAGCUGUGGAAUUUAACCCUCAUGUUCCAAAG